CGUGCGGCAGUUUGAUUAUAUGAUAACGAGAAGGAAUUGACCAGCAGUUUGUUUAUUUACUAACGCUUUAAAGCUCCCCGAGAUUUAAUCUGAUGCCAACACAAUACAACCUUAAAACACAGUCUUCAGUUAUUAGCAUAACACCUUAGGAACUGAAGGUACUUAUAGGCAUACAUGUUAACACUAGAAAAAACAAAGUGCACGAUAAUCUAUUAUAUUGUGGUAGGGAAAUAAGCUAGCCAUGAAUACAGAAUAACUGGUGGUGUUGGCAAGCAUGGCGGGGGGAGCGGGCAAGUGUUGUGUCCCGAGUCCCGCGGUGUGGUGGUCAGUGUGUGAGAGGACGUGUGAGGGGGAGGUCAAUGGAGGUGAUGGUGGCAUUGUAGUGGUUUAUUCGUAAAAUGGCUAACCCGGCGCCCCACAGAAGGACUGGAGCAAUGAAAAUUCGUCUCACAAUCCUGUGCGCCAAGAACCUAUCCAAAAAGGAUUUCUUCAGUGUGCUUGCAGGUUUGCCGGACCCGUUCGCCAAGAUCAGCGUGGAGGGGUCCGGGCAGUGCCACACCACAGACAUCUGCCGCAACACGCUAGACCCAAAGUGGAACCAGUACUAUGACCUAUAUGUUGGUAAAGGCGAUGGCAUCACGAUCAGUGUAUGGAACAGACGAAAGAUCCAUAAGAAGUCUGGCAGCGGAUUCCUGGGAUGUGUUCGCCUGAUGGCCUCUGCGAUACACAGGCUCAAGGACACCGGAUACCAGCGCCUUGAACUCACCCGUGUUGGGCACGAUGACUGUGAGCCAGUGCGGGGUCAGAUAGUGGUGUCCCUCAUGUCCCGGGAUGGCCGAGGCACAGGUUCCCACAAUGCAGUAGUAGACACCUUGGGCAAUCUUUCAUCACCAAAUGAUCUGCCAGAGGGUUGGGAGGAACGGAGAACCACUGCAGGUCGCCUGUACUAUGUCAACCAUCAUGACCGUACCACCACCUGGGAGCGACCCACACUGCCGGCACAUGCAUCAGUGGAGCGCAGGCGGCCCGACAAGACGUACACGUGUCCAUGUGCCAUCUAUGUCUUCCUCUCGUCUGUCUUCUCCUGUGUUGCUCCCAGUGCCUCCAACUCCCACUCCUGCUCAGAAUGUCCCUCCUCCUCCUCCUCGUCCUCUUCCUCCUCAUCUUCCUCCUCCUCUGCUUCUCACACAUGUGCCAGAGGUUGUGCUCACGCAUGCCCUUCAUCAUCUGCCUCUUCUGGCUGCACCAGAUGUUCUAGUCAUACCCAGGCUUCCACCUCCUCAGCUCCUACUUCUGUUCGACAUCAUAAGUCUUGCUCUCACCAUCACUCUCACUCGCACACUUCAUCAUCUGCACAAACCCCUUGCAAAAGUGUGUGUAGUGGGGCUUGUCCUCCCUACACAACCUCUGGUUCCCUAUGCACUGGGCCCUCCCCUUCCUCCAAGUCUGACCCAACCAAGCCCUCACGACACAGUGCCACGUGUUACAGGCCAGGCAACACUAGUGUUUUGGGCUCUCCAAGCAGACAUUCCACUUGCUCCAACACUGUCCCUACUAGUACAACUUCCAGCACUUCAGUUGGAGGAAAUAUUGUACUUAGCAACCCCAAUACAAGUUCUGAUGUACCACAAGAAGGAACUCCAGUCAGACGAGAACCUCGAGACAGAGAGCAUCGAAGAAGUCGGGCAGAAAGUGUGGAGCGUGUCAGUCAGCGAGAUGCUGGGGAUGGAAGGCAGAAUCCAAGCUCUGUUCGUAGACGUUCUGCACGCCACCGUCAUUAUCUUUCUCGUAACCAGCUCCAUCAGCCUCCAGAUCUUCCUGAAGGAUUUGAAAUGCGCACCACUCAACAAGGACAAGUGUACUAUUAUAAUGUGCACACUGGUACCUCCACUUGGCAUGACCCCAGGGUGCCAAGGGAUCUUGGAAAUGUCAAUAUAGAUGACCUAGGACCCCUGCCUAGUGGCUGGGAGUUAAGGCACACCCCUAGUGGGCGGCCAUACUACCUGGACCACAUAAAUCGCACUACUCAGUUCACCGACCCAAGGCUCUCUGAUAGUCUUAUUCUCAGUAAUAUUCUCAGGUCUAGAAAUGAAGGAAGCAACCGGACAAGUGUCAUAGAAACUGGAGGCAGCAGUGACCCAAUAAUCAUUAAUACCAAUGAGAGUCCUGUGCCAACAAACAGUAUUUCAAAUGGUAGAAGUAACAGAACCUCCACAAACAGCAGACGAAGCAGUUCCUCCCGUAGUAGAGGUCCAUCUCCUGAGGCCAAUACCUCAGGAGCAACUAUAUCAGAUAAUGUGCCUAAUAAUGAAGAUACCAAUAACUCAGUUGUUAAUAGCAAUCCUGUUAGCCCCACUUCUGUGCCUACUAGCGUUAAUAAUAGCCUCAAUGUAAGCAGUGAAAGAAGUGGUGUAACGACCACUAGUGUUAGUAGCAGCAAUACUGUGGUGCUCCAGAACAACAGCACUAACUUGCAGAUGAGCACUAGCAAUAAUACUCCUGGACCCAAGGAACCAGCUGUGAUAGAAAUGGAUAGUGAUUGUUUGCCCAAGUAUAAGCGUGAUUUAGUAGCUAAGAUGAAGGUGCUGAGAGCAGAACUUCAGUGCCUCCAACCCCAAAGUGGUCAUUGCCGUCUUGACAUUCCACGUGGAGAAGUGUUUGAGGAAUCUUACAGACAAAUCAUGAAAAUGAGACCAAAGGACCUUCGUAAAAGGCUAAUGGUUAAGUUUAAGGGUGAAGAAGGACUAGACUAUGGUGGUGUUGCACGCGAGUGGCUGUACCUUUUGUCUCAUGAGAUGCUCAACCCCUAUUAUGGAUUGUUCCAGUACUCAAGGGAUGAUAUCUACACACUACAAAUCAAUCCUGACUCUAGUAUUAAUCCGGAACAUUUGUCCUACUUUCAUUUUGUUGGCCGUGUCAUUGGGAUGGCAAUCUUCCAUGGACAUUACAUUGAUGGAGGUUUCUCAAUGCCAUUUUACAAGAUGUUGCUGAAUAAGCUAAUAGUAUUGGAUGACAUUGAGGCAGUUGAUCCUCAAUUACACUACUCUCUCAACUGGAUGUUAGAAAAUGAUAUUACUGGUAUCAUUGAUCAUACAUUCGCGGUUGAACAUGAAUGUUUUGGAGUUCUUCAGAUGAAAGAGCUGAAGUCUGGUGGUAGCAAUGUUGUUGUUACAGAAGAGAAUAAGAAGGAAUAUGUCAAACUUUAUGUCAAUCAUAGAUUUAUGCAGGGUAUAGAACAACAAUUUGCAGCUCUCCAGAAAGGUUUCACAGAAGUGGUGCCUCAACACUUGUUGAAGCCUUUUGAUGAAAGAGAGUUGGAACUUAUAAUUGGAGGCUUAGGAAAAAUAGAUAUUGAUGAUUGGAAAUCCAAUACAAGACUUAAGCACUGCACUCCAGAGACACCAGUUGUUGGGUGGUUCUGGCAGAUAGUUGACUCAUACACAGAAGAAAUGAGAGCAAGGUUGCUGCAGUUUGUGACAGGUUCUUCACGUGUUCCUCUCCAAGGCUUCAAGGCACUGCAAGGAUCCACAGGUGCUGCUGGACCCAGGCUCUUCACAAUUCAUCAGAUUGAUGCUCCCACAGAAAAUCUUCCCAAAGCUCAUACCUGCUUCAAUCGCAUCGACCUUCCCCCAUACGAGUCAUAUAGCAAGAUGCUGGAGAAGCUGACUCAGGCUGUGGAAGAAACAUGCGGGUUUGCUGUUGAAUGAAUUGUAUUUGCCUUGGUUUUGGGCAUAGAUAUUGUUAUGUUUUCAUACAGAUUCUGUAUGUAAUAGUUGUAGACAUAUCUGUCCAUUGCUGGAACAUGGGAAAUUAGUAUUUGAUGCAUUACAUGAGUUCUAUGAGCUGUGGAUUGUCUGAAUUGUUGUUUCAAGCGCUUUUUAUUCAUAUUUGUAUGAAUUAGACUGAAAUUUUACUAACACAGCACUCUCCUUGUCUAUUUUUAUUGUACACAUAGAAAGCUAAAGGUUAAUGAUCAUAUGUUGAUUAACAUCAGCAUAUCAUGGGUGUCUUCCCGUAGUGAUGAUAAGGAGAUUCCAACUAUGCUUUGUAUGAUUUAUAAACUGAGAUACACUCAGUAUUUUAGUCAUUUCUGAAUAAACUGUGAUAGCAAUACAGUUCCAACUUCCAGGGCAGUGACACACAUGUACAGAUGCAUUUUUUAUACUUAUAAUGCAAGUGAAAUGUGAGCUUGAUCCAGGGAUUUAAUUUAUUCUAAGAAUCAAUCCUUAGAAAGUCAUUGCUCACUUCAGCUGUAAACAUUUGUAGGCUUUGGUAAUGCUGUGGCCAAGAAAGGUCUAUUUUUAUUGAGAAUUUUAUGUACAUUUCUCACAUAUCAAAAUGUAUAUUGAGGAUAGGAAAUAGGUCUUUACUGCCAAAACCCAGAGAAAUACAACUUCCCUUAGAGUAAUUGUAUAGCAAACUACUCAGUUUUGUGAAUAAAGUAUUCCUCAUAAAUAUAUAUAUGAAUAUAUAUAGAUAAACUGUUUUCAGAUAAGUGCAAACACUGACAAAAUACUUCAGUGGAGCACCCUUACACACACACACACACACACACACACACACACACACACACACACACACACACACACACACACACACACACACACACACACACACACACACACACACACACACACACACACACACACACACACACACACACACACACACACACACACACACACACACACUUUACAGUUUUUAAAAAAUCUUAGUUUACAACCACUUUUUUCUGUAGUCAAGGUAGUUGGUUGCAGAUCUUUUAUUAUUAUUUUAUUUUAUUAUUUUUUUAAGCUUACUUGAGAAUCUCAGUUCUUGCAACUAGGUGCCUCUUAAUCCUAAUUUCAGUCAGUAAUAAAUAGCAUUUAUUUUUUACUGUGAAAAUAAAGUGAAAUUGCACAAUUGUUAAAAGUUAUUGUUAUUGUGUGUUGCUUUUGCCAUCAGAGAUAUGUUAAGAAAAUUUAAAAAAAAUUGUGUGUGAAAGUGGUCACAUAAAUCAUUGUGUAAAUAGUCAUUCCAUCAUCACUUUGACAUGUGCUGGAGCUGCAGAGUAUGUAUCAGAUACAACUUACAAUCCAUGAUCAUUACAAUACAAGCUUUUGUUAAAACUGUUAAUACUCCAACAUCAUGUGGUGUAUUCACAUACUACAGCCAGUAGGCGCAUUCCAUUAGUUUUUCCUAUUUGAUAGCCAUGUGGGAUGAAUUAAAAAAACGUGAAGUUUGUAAAUGCUUCAGGUGUGAGUUAUUUUGCAGUACAAUGUAGAAAUGCCAUUUUGUUUGUAUAGUGCUUAGAGUAUACCAGGCGUUAGGAAAAGGAUUAACAUAUCAUGAAAAUACCUCGUCUCAUUCCUUCAAAUUGUUUGUGCAAUAUCUUUUUGUGGUCAAAUUUGAAGAAUUGAUAACAUGAUAGCUGGACUUAAUAGUUGUUUUUCUUUUAAUUUGGUUUGAUGAUAAUUGUGAUAGAAUAACUUGUGUUGAAAUUUAAAGAAUUAUAGUAGAUUUCAAAGUUGUAACUGCUAAUUUAAUUUGAACUUGAAUGAGCUUGUGUUCUGACUUCCAUUGUUAUAUAACAUAGGAACUGCUGUUACCUUACAUUUUAAUAACAGCAAUAACCUUUGUUCAAAACUUUCUCUAAGGUCUUGAUUCCCAGACAGGCUCUUCAUCUUCUUUCAGUCAUUUAGCCAUCAUUGUCACCAAGAGAUGGAUGGAGGAUCCCUGUCAUUUUUAAGUCAUGGAAAUUGACAGAUAUCUCUCCUUUAUUAAGUUAUUGGUGGUUAACUUGACGAGAUAGAGGAAAGCCAGACACUAGUGAUAUGGCACUAUAAUAACACUGCAAUAGACAGAUGUUUUUGUAUAUGAAGAGAUAUACUUUAAGGUUCUACAAACUAUUAAAAUGGUUAUAUUGAA